AUGAGUGAUGUCAUCGAUCAGCUGACGGAGGUGGAGAGCCCAGAGCAUGCUAUCAUGCGCAAAGCUGAGGAGGGCGGAGCCCGGUCCAUGACAUCAUCACGAGCAGCGGAGGGCUUUGCUCAGCUGAUGGACUUUGGAGACUCCUGCUCCGUGACCUCAGACAGCGGCCUGGGACACCUGCCCCCCGUCGCCCAGGUGACACACCUGCCCCCCGUCACCCAGGACACCAGAGCAGCAGACGACCCCUCCUCCUCCCCACACACGCUGCCCAUCAAACACACACCUGUGGACGAGACGGUUGCCGUUACACACACACCAUCUGCGACCACUGCCCCGCCACCUCGGGAGCAUGCCCCACUGGAGACGCCUAAUGCACAGCCCCGAUUGGUAGACGGAGGCCAUGUCCACGCCCCAAGCCAGGAGGAGGAUGAGGAGGAGGAGAAGGAAGAAGAAGCACAAGAACGAGCAGAAGAGGCGAGAUGUGCAGUAGAGGAGAAAGAGGAGUGUGAGAGGAUUGUGGUGCGGGGCAAGAGGCAGACGCGGUCGGCGAGGAGACUGCUGAUGGGAGAGGGGGAUGAAGAGAAGGAGAGAGAGGAGGAGGAGGAGGAAGGUGAGGUGCUGCGCAGGUCAAGUCGCUCUCGAAGGUGUUUGGAUCUGGGCGUCACCGGGAGACAGAAGAAGAGCCUGGAGAAGGUGUCUGAUUGGCUCCUGAAGAUUCCGCUGCAGAAUGCACCAAUCAGCCAGGAGGAGGGCCGGGAGGAGAGCCAAUCAGCAGGAAAUGAAUCCUCCACUGAUGACACGAGCAGCAUCAACGGCCACAUGACCCACCAGCCAGCCAACCAGGAGCAGGGCACGGCUGUCCAGGUUGGUGGGGUUAAACGCCUGGAGGAGCGCGUGUUCGGUCGGGUGUACGGGAAAGCACCUGCAGGACUGCGGAGGAAGAGCGACUCACCUGACGAAGAAGACACAGGUGCAGUGUGGGAUACGGAGCUGGACGUGUGGAGGACUAGAGAGCCAGGUGCACCCUGGGAUAGCGAGGUGCCAGUGGAGGAGCGUCCAGCUGCUGCUGCUGCUGAGGACGGCCAAGAGGAGACACCAGGGGGCGACGUGGAGCAGCCGUCAGGCCUGGAGUGCGAUAUUCGCCAGCAGAGGAAGAGGAAGAGGAAGUCACAGCCCCUCACCCCUGCAGACUUCAUCAAGAGACCCUGUAACGGUGGGGAGGAGGAGGAGGAGGAGGCAGGGAAAACCCUUGUGGAGGUGGAUGGGGAGCAGAGCGGCCCUGCAGCAGGGGAGGGAAGGGAGUCACCUCAUCAAUCUCCUCCUGACACACCUCCAGGCAGUGACCCUGCCCUGUCUGAACUGGAACUCGCACAGGUCGACAGAGGGUCGGAGGCUGGGUCGGAGGUUGAGGUGGUGGUGGGGCGUUCGGCAGCAGAGGGGGGGUCAGAGUUUGAGGUGGCGCCAGCGAAGACGAGAGCAGCAAGGGGCAAGAGGAAAGCUGGCAUGACGCAGGAUGCCUGGACACAUCUGCAGACAGAACUGAACUCGGGAGUAGGAGAGAAGGUGGGUCGGCCUCGCAGGAGCGAGCGGCCGGGAUUGGAGAAUCGUGAGAGUAGAACCCGUCCAUUGACGCUGCUCAGCGCGGGGGCUGAAGAACGCCCUCUGGAGCCACAUCAUGCUUGCGGGGCCACGGCGGUAGCCAUGGCGAGGAUGACUGUUGACGUGGCGAUCGAGAGCUUCCCUAGUAGCUGUAGCAACAGCCCCGACGCCCACGACGCCCGCACCUUCCGACGCGGACGCAAACUCCAAGACUUCACCAGGGAGGUGCAGGGCGAACCCUCACUGGCUCCACCCACCACAUCACCCCGCCCCCUUCAGCUGGUGCUGUCAGGACUCCAACCCUCACAACAGGUCCUGGUUAAGAAGUUUGCCAAGCGGAUGGGUGGCAGCGUUGCAUCACAGGUGUCGUCCAGAACAACACACAUCAUCAUAAACACAGAUGAGCAGUUGGUAUGUGAGAGGACUCUAAAGUAUUUCCAGGGCAUCACACACAGGAAAUGGGUGCUUAGUUACCUCUGGGUCUCUGAGUGCAUUAAACAAGACAAGAUCGUUAAUGAGGAGGAGUUUGAGGUGUGUGGUGAUGUUGUUUCUGGCCAGAGCCAUCGAGGACCCCAGAGAGCACGACUCACACAUCAGUUGCUGUUCAAUGGAGUUGAGGUUUGUCUCUAUGGCUCCUUCACUGGAAUGACCACAGGUCAGAUGGCAGAGAUGGUUGAACUGUGUGGAGGUUCAGUUGUGGACAAUCCGCAGCACUUCUCAGAUAUGUGCUCUUCUCGGCUCAUCAUUGUGCAACCUGAAGUGGAAUCAGCGAGCGCCUUAAAUCUAAGCAGUGGUGCGUUGUUGGUGAGUCGUGCCUGGCUGCUGGACUCCAUUGGCUGCUUCUCUCUGCAGGAUCCAAUCAACUACUGUCUACAAACCACACUCCCUGCCACAUGACCCGUAACCCCACCCGCCCCCUUAUAAAGACUGCUGGGGCCUAUACUAAGAAGUCGGUUCAGGAGUGCACCAGGUUAAGUUAGGGAGGUCAAUCAUCUAAUAGAUGAACCUGGUGUACUCCUGAACUGGCUUCUUAGUAUACCCCUCAGGUGCCCCCUAAUAAAGACUGCUGGUUUGGACCCUGGCCUUUUUUUUUCUGAAAAUGCCAUCACGGGCCAUGGGUG